GCCACUCACCACCUGUACCAGGCGUGGGACCCCGUCCCGUCUCUAGCCCCAGCCACCACAGGUGCUCUCAUCAGCCAUGACAAGCUGCUUCUGCAGCUCAACCCUGAGCGUGAGCUGGGGGACAUGAGCUACAAGCUUGGCCAGGUGUCCAUCCACUCGGUGUGGCUGGGGAACAGCAUCACGCCCUUGCGAGAGGAGGAGUGGGACGAGGAGGAGGAGGAGGCCGAGGCCCCGGCACCGUCGUGCCCGCCCACGUCGCCGCUCAACUCCAGGAAACACCGGGCUGGAGUCGACAUCCACUCCUGUUCGCAGUUUUUGCUCGAGUUGUACAGUCGCUGGAUCCUGCCAUCGAGUUCCGCCAGGAGGACCCCCGUCACCCUGAUCAGCGAGGUGGUGCGCUCGCUCCUCGUGGUCUCGGACUUGUUCACGGAGCGCAACCAGUUUGAGAUGAUGUACCUGACACUGACGGAGCUGCGGAGCACACCCUCGGAAGACGAGAUCCUCCUUCAGUACCUGGUGCCCGCCACCUGCAAGGCCGCCGCCGUCCUCGGGAUGGACAAGGCCGUGGCGGAACCGGUCAGCCGGCUGCUGGAGAGCGCGCUCCGGAGCAGCCACCUGCCCAGCACGAUGGGCGCCCUGCACGGCGUCCUGUAUGUGCUGGAGUGCGACCUCCUGGACGACACCGCCAAGCAGCUCAUCCCCGUCGUCAGUGACUACCUCCUCUCCAGCCUCCAGGGCAAAGCCCACUGCGUGAGCGUGCAUAGCCAGCAGCACGUGCUGGUGAUGUGUGCCACGGCCUUCUACCUGAUCGAGAACUACCCGCUGGACGUGGGGCCGGAGUUCUCGGCCUCCAUCAUACAGAUGUGUGGGGUGAUGCUGUCUGGAAGCGAGGAGGCCACCCCGUCCGUUGUCUACCACUGUGUCCUGCGGGGCUUGGAGCGCCUCCUGCUCUCCGAGCAGCUCUCCCGGCUGGACGCAGAGUCCCUGGUCAAGCUGAGCGUGGACCGGGUGAACGUGCACAGCCCACACCGCGCUAUGGCAGCCCUGGGCCUCAUGCUCACCUGCAUGUACACAGGAAAGGAGAAAGUCAGUCCAGGCCGAGCCUCUGAGCCCAGCCCCACUGCCCCUGACAGCGAGUCCGUGAUCGUGGCCAUGGAACGCGUGUCCGUCCUCUUUGACAGGAUCCGGAAGGGGUUCCCCUGCGAAGCCCGUGUGGUGGCGCGCGUCCUCCCCCAGUUCCUGGAUGACUUCUUCCCGCCCCAGGACGUCAUGAACAAGGUCAUCGGCGAGUUCCUGUCCAGCCAGCAGCCGUACCCGCAGCUCAUGGCCACUGUCGUGUACCAGGUGUUCCAGACGCUGCACAGCGCGGGGCAGUCGUCCACGGUGCGGGACUGGGUCAUGCUGUCGCUCUCCAACUUCACGCAGCGGAGCCCGGUCGCUAUGGCCAUGUGGAGCCUCUCCUGCUUCUUCGUCAGCGCGUCCACCAGCCCGUGGGUCUCGGCAAUCCUCCCACACGUCGUGAGCAGGAUGGGCAAGCUGGAGCAGGUGGACGUGAACCUCUUCUGCCUGGUGGCCGCGGACUUCUACCGACACCAGAUAGAGGAGGAGCUCGACCGCAGGGCCUUCCAGUCUGUGUUCGAGGUGGUCGCCGUGCCCGGAAACCCAUACCACCACCUGCUGGCUUGUCUGCGGAGCGUCCACAAGGCCGCCACAUGCUGAGUGCCCAUGCAGGUGGCGACGAGGUGGCCCCUGGACCGCGGGGCCCAGCCUGUGCCAGGCAGUGGGCGGCACGGGCUUCUCUCCGGGGAGCCAGGGGGCGGCUGUCCUGCCGCGUGGUGGCGAGGCUGUGUGCAGGGCACACGCAGUAACCUUUGGGGUUGAGCCUGAGUCCUCGCGGGGUGGGAGCUUGUUGUGGCAGGCCUCGCGCUGGAGCUGGUGUGAGAGCCAGCCGCCGGCUGUUUACGUCCUCCUCCCGCCCAGCCCUCGGCAGUCACUAAGUCCCAGCUGCUCCCUCCUGGGGGCCAGGAUUCCUCUGCUCUUGCCGGCGAGCCAUCAGCCCUCCGCUGUCCCGCAGGUGGGAGGGGACGCCACGGGCUCCGAGGCGCGGGGUCCUGGGGUGUUUCGGGCUCCCGCAGGGCACGCAUGCCGGGUCUGGCCAGGCGGGGGGGCUGGGAGCGCGACAGUGCGCUGUCCUCCCCGUGUCUGUCUUCUCAGGAUUUAAAGUUUAAUUCUAUCAGUAAAGAGAUUAAUUUUAAGGUG